AUGAGUUUUUUUUAUAUUGGCGGUACAGUAGAUAGUAAAAACGGAGCAUGCCGUUGUAUUAUUUGUGCCUGUGAAGAUUCCAAAAAAGCUGCAAAUACGUGCAACUGUCCCGUUUGUAAAUGCGACCCUUGUAACGAUCCAAAUAUAAAUAAACUAAAAGAAGAACAAAGUAAACAACCAACGAUAUGCGAGGGUCCGGUAUGUAUCUGCGAAUCUUGCAAAGAUCCUAAUGUCAAACAACCUACUGAAAAACAAUCUAAAGUUGUAAGAAACGACGAUGCGUGCUUAUGCGAUCCUUGCGUAUGUAAUAGUAAAAAAACUACGUUGAUACAAAGCUGUGACUGUCCCGUUUGUACCUGUAAACCUUGCGCUGAUCCAAAUGUGAAGGAAUCCAUAAAAACUGAUAAUAAUAACAAAGAUGAUCGCAAUUUGAUUUGCACUAGUCCGCAAUGUACUUGUACAAAUUGCGAAAGGAAGAAAAACAUUAACGAAUCCAAUCAAAAACAGAAUUCUCCUGCAACUGUGCUUCCUAAAUGUCACUGUGCUUCCUGUAACUGUGACCGUUGUUUAUAUAAUGAACAAAAAAAAGAUGCAACUGGAGAACAAUCCACUAAGGAUGUAAAAUCGGAGAUUUGUAUUUGUACUACUUGUGAUUGCCCCGAUGAUAAGAAAUACGCAGAUGAAAAAUGCAUUUGCGGAGCAUGUGCUUGUUCAAAAUGUCCUUUUGGUGGAGAAAAGAAACCAUCGGCCGCAACUUGUUACUGUAAUCCUUGCGCUUGCGUCGACUGUCUUACCAAAACACUGAAAGAAGCUCAACAAUCAGACACAAACAGAAACAAAGUUAUCUGUGAUUGUAAACCUUGCGAAUGCGUCGAUUGCAUAUUCGCGACGAAGAACUGCCAGUGCAAAAAAGCGAAUGCUCCUGUUUUGGAAUUCAAAUGUUCUUCUCUCAAAGUUCCGAUGGGACCAAAUAAAGUUGAGGCUACUGCUAAAACUGAUAUCAGUAAAUUUACGAACCCUCCCCGGACAGUACAGUCAACUAAAAACAAUUGUAUGUGUUUUGACUGUCAUCGUAUCAUAACAAAUCAAAAUUUCCAGAAAUUUGAAAUACCGACUCUAUUGCAAUCUCCACCUAAAGCUGCACACAAACAUUUUGAACUGGAAAGCUUAUUCAAAUCAAUACCAGAAAAUUUCACAUCGCAGAAAAACAAGAAUAAACAUAAUAAGAAAGUGCCUCUACAUUCUGAAUUUAUGUUCCCCGAUGAUGAAACGAUGGAACCAACAAAAUUAGUUGGGUGUACGCCAGAAGAAAUAAAAAACUUUUUGAACAAGAGUUACGAGAAAUAUUAUAAUGAUAUGAAUACGGGAGACUACUCGAAUUUAGACAAAUAUAAAGAUAUUGUCAAUGUAAUAAGAAAUUCUUUGAAAAAAAUUAAAAAUGCCAGAGAACAAGUUAAAGAUAAUAAACCAUUUGUUAAAGCAGACUUCAUAGAAACAAUGUCGGAAGUAGGAAUCGCUUUUGAUUAUUUGAAAAAAAGUUGUAAACCAAAUGAUAAAAUAAUCAAAGCAAUAGCAAAGGAAAUCAAGCGAUACACAAGCAGCACAACAUUCAUUAAUCUAUUGGGCAAACCGGAAAAAGAGAAUAAAAACAAUUUCAUUCCAGGUACUCGAUCUCUAGCGCAUUCUCAUAACCAUCCCAUGAGGGUAUCAGUACCAACAAUACCAGUCUUACAACCGACAAUGGUUUCCACUCGACCAUCGUCAGCUGUACCCGGUCAACACAGACUAGAACGUAUAUGCGGUUGCCCGGUAUGUACUGAAUCCAACGAUGAUUUCAUGUACCAUUCUGGAGAUACAAGAUUGAAAUCCGGAAGAAACAAAUUAGUGAAAACUAGAAACUACGAGUCGUAUUCUAAUCCAGUAGGCAAUAAUUUGUUUCGUGUACAAAGUCCACAAUUCAGCCCAAGAGAAUCGGAAUGCGUUUUCCAUUCUGUUCCACAAUCAGAUCAUUCUUUUAAUCACACGUCGAAUUUUCAUCAAACGCGAAUGGGAGAUUCUGAUAAACGUGAUAUAAAUGAUAAACGCGGUAAUUUAGAAAUGUUAAACCCAAUAUUGGUAAAGCAAGCUUCUAGUAUCGGGCCGAAUACGUUGUCGGAUUUAAAAGUAGCAAUUACAACAUUGGAAGCUAAAUGUAGGGCAAAAGAUAAAAUAAUCGAAGAAACGGCACAGAAAUUACGACAACACUUAAGUAGUUCGGUAUUGAUUAAUCUUAUGAAUCGUAUCGAAGGAAUUCCUCGUUACAUCGAAGUUGACGCCGAUACCAGCGUCGCUGCGAAAAAGUCUUCAAAAAACGCGCAAACUCAAAUCGAUCAUUUAUUUAAAGAUAAAAAAGGCGUUCCGUGUAAAUGCGGAAGAAUUCAUAAGGAUAACAAACAUGUUUGUUUAAAUGGAUUCAGGAUAAUCAAUAUCAAAAGAAUAACCUCAGAUAGUCUUGUAAUCGAGUGGAAAUCUCCAAGAAGUAAAGCUGUAUGUGGCUAUGAAAUUGAAAUCAACGGGAAGUAUAAAUCUAGGAUAAUGAGCGGCUGGAGAACGUGCGCUAUGAUACAUUCCGUUGAAAUGACCGCGCCAUUACAUGUAUCCAUAUAUGCUAUAACUUCUUGCGGAAGAUGUCAGCCUCCAGCUAAAGCAAUUUACGAAAUUAAGCGCAAAGAAAAAGACGUAGGUGGUAAAUUCAAAAACAAAGUUAAUAAAUAACUUUAUAUUGAAAACAAUUUGAAAUUAUUGCACGAAUAUAAUAUGUAUUGAAGACUAAUUUUAUUAUUACUAACUACUUAGAAUAAUUUUUUAUUGUCUUCCAUAAUUAAAUCUUAAUUCAACGUCCGGUGCUGUAUAGAAUAUCCCAUUGUUAAAAUUAUCUGAAUAAACUCAUUGUAAUAACGAAA